GUCGCCAGCCAAAGUUUUUGCGCGAAUGAAAGCAAAAGUGCGGCAGCAGAAUAUUUUGUCAAGUGGCAAUGCGAAAUCUGUGAGCGCUGCCAGCUGCCCCAGAGACAGAGGAGAACAAGACGCACUGUACAGUACACCGAGGAAAAGUCACUUCCCCGGUGUCUGUGUUGAUGCGAAAGAAAACCAAGAGUCUCACGACGCUACCCAUGAAGUGGAGGCCCUCACCCUGUCACCAGCCCGGACCCCAGGGAAAGAUCAGAGGCAUCAUCAGGAUGUGUUGCAGAUUCCCAGCUGUCUUCAGUCGACUAGUCUCCAUGCCAGAGGAGAAACAACGUGUGUGGGCCAAGAGUCAACCACAAAGUGGAACGUCCAAGACAGGGUUUUUGUCAUGCCAGAAGUUCCUGUGAAGAGGCCUUUCUUCAACACAAUGGGGAAGAAAGCCAUGCAGAAUUCUCCAGCCAAGGUUUUUACACAGAUGAAGGAGAGGGCUGAGCUGAGAAGGAGGCAGCAAGGGACGAAUCAGGUGACCGGCACAGCAGACAUUGAUCAUAGAGAUUAUGUUCCCUGGCACCGCAGACAGAGCUCUGCAUUGACAAGUGGUGACAAGGGAGAUGGCGAGCUGAAACAUGACGCCUGCCCAGGUGUGUCCAGCAGCAUCGCCACCGUGUUCACUAGCCCCACAGAUGCCGGCUCCUCCCCCAGCCUCGAGGAGGCAGCCAAUACGCGCAGUGUACCUGCCCUGUUUGAGCCCACCCACAGACCUCUCCCUGAGUCAGAACCCCUCCCAGAGCUGGCAAACGACGCUCUCCUACAGAAUUCUCCCCGGAUUUCUAUCCCCAAGAAGAAGGCAGCUGUAUUACAGGACCCGCUGGCAAAGCGGAUUCAGCUAAGGGAAUGGCAGCUAAAGAUGGUCAGCACAAGCCUUUUUGUGGAUGGAGUCCGUGUGGAUAACAAGAUUCCCUGGCACAGUAGCCUCAUCGCUGAGCGCAUUGCAAGCAACGUUCUGAAGACGGUGUCUGGCAGUAUCUAUGUCCUGGUGGGCAAGAUGACCCCAGAGGCAGACACACCAUUUCCUAGAUGGCUGAUAAAGAAGUUUCUCUUUGGCUUUCCGAAAAAGUGGAAAGACUACUUUGAGGUUUAUUUAUCACAGUUGAAAAGCGAUUGUGUGUCUGACGCUGCAAGGAAAAGAUGUCCAAAAAAAGGCAGCAACCCCAAGCUUCCACAAAAACAUGGCAGUGUGAGUGCGAAGAAGCAGCCCUCCAGAGCCACCAAAGCAAAGCCCCCAAAGACGCCGUCCUGUCCCCAGACCAACCUUGAGGCAAGCAGCGUCAAAGUGUCCCGCAGUGGCAGGCUCAUCAAGCCACCCCUGGAGUACUGGAAAGGGGGGAGAGUGAUCCUGGAUUCGGACCUGAACGUCACCAUCCACGAGGACUACCUGUCAACUCCUACCUCUCAUAAAAUCAGAAAAAUGGUAUUUGCUGGAAAAUCUCAAGAUACAAAGAAGGAGACAUCAAAAGGCUGCUCAGGGAAUCAUAAAGCGCACUCCAAGAUGACAGAGCCAGACGCAUCUGAAGGUGACACAGCAGUUAGCAGUUGGACGCCAUCCACAUCUCUCACACAACAGCCUGCAGCUAAGCCAGCGUGUGCGAGAAGACCAGACCAUGUCAUGUCAGCUCAGGACUUCUCAGUGGUGCUGACACCAAUUAAAACAUCCGCUGAGCUGCGGCAGAGGUGUUUAAAGAGCAACCUUAAGUACCUGUGCCCCUCGGAGGGCAGCUGCCACAGUGCCGAUGACAGGGCAGAGCCAGAUGGUCCCAUUGCAGUGCCAGUCAGCCUGAGAGAGCUGGGUGUUGCAGGUGAAGGUCCCCAGGCCUCCACUGGAGAUGAAGAGGAGGUGUCAGCUCCGCGGAGGAAGGUUAGACAGCACAGUCGGCCCAAGAAAAGGGCAGUCAAGCAGGGAACUCCGGGUGCUGAUAUCUCCUCCAAAGAGAAAGCACCAGAAUCCACCAGGUGCUCAGAAUCCAGGAGGAAGAGCCAGAGGUCCCGUAGCUUGGCUUCAGUCUCUGGCAGUGACCGCAAAUUGAGACCUCACCUCAGCUACCGGAGUAGCUGUAGCACCAGCUCCUCUGGACCAGACAGGGUGGCAAAAGGAAGGAACCCAUCAGAGGAUUUGGAGAUGGAGAGAACUGGGUCAAAGAAGGGCAGGGCCAUGAAGCCCAAGGCCCGGCAGAAAGGGAGGACCCUGCCAAACUGCAUGGCUACAUGCAGUUCUGAAAGUGAGGCGACGGGCAAACCUCACGGGACUUGCAGGUCCUCUUCUCAGAGCAGGCAGGGCACCAAAGCCACCAGCCCGCCCCUGAGGAUCACCCGCCAGAGGCGCAUACUUCAGUCUGAAAUGGACCUCAGUGACCCUGCUCCUCCACAGAGGUCCAGUCCCAGAUCCAGCAGGGGCCGGCAAGUGUCGGUCGGCCAGGCCACAUCCCAAGAUGCGAGUCAGGUCCACACAGAGGCAGAGAAGAGCGACUGUGCAGCUUCCCCCGACAAAGGAACCAGCUUCCUGGACCCUCCAAGGAUUUUCUCCCUGCCAAAGAAAGGAGGCAAACGCCACAAGGGCUCAGAGGAGAGGAGGUCUGUGGGAGAUCAUAUGCAUUACGGAACUGUGGUCAGCCCAGGGGGAGACUGUGAGAAUGACUGUGUUGACCAAGUGUCCAGAACAAGGAAGGACGAAGGCAAACACAGCCUCCCAGACAGCACUCCCUACUCCAAGGCCACACGACACAGCAGCAACAGUGCAAGAGCGAAGCAGUCAGAGCUCACAAAACGACGGCAGGCAAUCUCUAAGGAGGAAAGCAAGCUUUAUGACUGCCCGUUAUCCCCGCCGGGCCACCACAUCAGCCAGCCAGAGAAAAACCCCAGCUGCCCCCAAGACAAAAAGGACAAAACUGUCAAGUCAUUGUCUGAGAAGAAACGGGAAGUGAAAAAAAAUCAAAAAGGGAAGAAGCAAGAGAAUGGCCGGGGAUUCAGGAAGAGGGAGGAUGAGGUUGAGGAUGAGUGGACAGAAAGCGAACUGGACAAACUGCACAAGGCAGUGUCCUCGUUGCCUAAGCAUGGGAGUGGCUUCUGGGUGGACGUGGCCAUGGUGGUGGGCACGCGCUCAGCCGAAGAGUGCCAGGCGCAGCACACCCGGCAGCAGAAUGUGCUGCUCCAUGCCAGGGCCAAGAAGAAGAAGCCUGGCCCAAAGAAGGAGGCAGCAGAUAAGUAUGUGCCUCAGAUAACGGCGAAGGUGGGCACACUUAAGCGGAAGCAGCAGUUGCGGAACUUCCUGGACCACAUGCCCAAAGACGACCAGAACAUCUUCACCUCUUCAGUGCUGCAGAACAAGCGUGCCAAGUUGCCCACAUUGAUGAAUGAGGAGGAUAUUGUGUUCCACCACUCAGAGCAGAACCCCCAGACGCCCAGUUCCAGCACCUUCCCAAUGGUGAAGACACCACAUUGUCUUCACAUCAGCCCUGGAACACUGGGCUGUGUCAACAGUGACAACAAUGACAAGUACGUUUACCAGAUGGAGAAGAAGGGGAAAGGCUGGGGCAACAUGCGUGGACAGGACAACAAUCAUCAGGAUGUGAAGUAUAGCCCAACACCACCUGUGAAACAUGCAAAGAGAAAACCAGAUGCUGAAAGUGAUUCCUUUGUCGUCUGGAAAAUGUUCUCAGACAAAGACCCACCUCCUCUUCCCUUGGAUGAAAGCGGAGAAGAGGAUUAUUAUUUUAUGGAUGACAACUGAAUAACAGAAGUAGAAUCCUCCAGUCUGACC